AUAAAUUUAGAAAGAGAGAAUCUGGCAAGACUUAAAGACAGAAAUAUUAAAAGAAAAAGAGUUGAAAGGGGGGGCGAUACUCGCCAGUAGCCAUUGCCGUUAGCUUCUCGAAACUCCGACGAAAAUCAUGGCUCUCAAUUCCAUCUCCUUCGUCUGGGAUGCAACUCCAAAAUUGACUCCACCUACAACUCUUAAUGAUGUUCAUUCGCCAUCAAUCUACCAUCGCCAUCAUAACGAUAAACACGGGCUCUAUAAUUGCUCUAGAUCUAGGGUUUCCAGUUCAGUGGAAUGGAUGGUUAAAUCAGGAAGCUGUAGGGGAGGGCAUUCGGCCAGAUGUUCUAAUGUGAUUCAAGACAUUCAUUGUGAUGUUGAUGAUGAGGUUUACAUGAGGAGGUCUUUGGAGAUUGCAAGGAAGGCAAUUGGGCAUACAAGCCCUAAUCCCAUGGUGGGAUGUGUGAUUGUGAAAAAUGGAGAAAUUGUUGGUGAAGGCUUUCAUCCUAAAGCAGGGCAGCCUCAUGCUGAGGUAUUUGCUCUGCGAGAAGCUGGGAAGUUGGCAGAGAAUGCAACGGCAUAUGUGACUUUAGAACCAUGCAAUCACUAUGGUAGAACUCCACCGUGUACUGAGGCUCUAAUAAAAGCCAAAGUGAGGAGGGUGGUGGUCGGCAUGGUGGAUCCCAAUCCAAUUGUUGCUUCGAAAGGCGUUCAACGACUAAGAGAUGCAGGAAUUGAUGUGACUGUGAGCAUAGAAGAAGAUUCCUGCAAAAAGCUUAAUGAAGCAUAUAUUCAUCAAAUCUUGACUGGGAAGCCUCUUCUCACCCUAAGGUACACCCUCUCUCUAAACGGUUGCUUCCAAGACCUGAUCGGGAAAGGAGUUGCAGAUGCUGGUGGCUACUAUUCUCAACUAUUACAAGAGUAUAAUGCCGUUCUAAUUUCUCCUCCCUCAUCAUCUGAGGAGUUCGAAAUUCCUGCAUCCAAGGAACAUGGAGCCAAACAACCCCUUUGGAUCAUUCUAACGAAUCCUGAUGGUUCAAUCACUGUUCCUCGCAUUGCUGAUGCAACUACGAAAGUAGUAAUCUUAACAGACAAAGAAGUGGUCGUAGGUGAGAGCGGGAUUGAAACAGUAGUUCUGGAUCAAUUAAAUUUGGGCAACAUUCUAGAUUACUGCCAGAGCCAAGGACUAAACAGUGUCCUGUGGGAUGUCAGAGCAAAUUUGGGAGUUCAUGAAGAACUAAUAAAGGAGGGUAUUGAUCAGAAAUUAUUGCAAAAAGUAGUUGUGGAAGUGUUGCCACAAUGGAGUGAAAGCCAGAGUGGAAGCUCUGAAACUUGGUUCAAGAGUAUGGCUGAAAAUCUGAAGUUGAAGAAUUUGCAGCCCAAGAUGUCUGGGGAGAGUGUUCUAUUGGAAGGCAAUCUCUAGCAUUGGAAAUUGAAGUUUUAUGCAGCACAUUCCACUCAGGUUUUUAAAAUCAAGACAAUGAAGGUAAUACCUUGCCAAAUUUUUAUGAUUCCCUGAUUAUGAGCUAAAUAACUAUGGUUAAGGCAUUGCUUCUCUUAUUUUAUGAGUUGGAACCUCUUACUUCCAUAUUUGUGAUGUAAUAUUAAGAAACAAAUGUAAAUCUAGUGUAGAACUAGUGGGCCUGUCCUGCUAACCAAAACUGUGGGGUCUUGCUCAUAUUGUUGUGGGGGAGAGACUAAUUUUUCUAAUUUCUUUUUGAGUUUUUUCAAAAAAUACAAUAGCCAUUUUUACUGCA